GGCGGCGGCACCUGCGGGCCGUGCCGUGCGGUGCCGUGAGGAGCGGUGAGGAGCGGAGCGGAGCGGCGGCCGCGGCCCGGAUGUAGCCGGCGCGGGAACAUGGCGCUGGGGGCGGUGUGAUCGGCGGCGGCCGAGAAGAGAGCGGAGAGCCUUCUCGCGGUCCCCUGCUGACGCCGGGAGGACCCAGACCUGUUGGAGAGAGAGCGAGCCCUCGCGGUACACCUGAUACUGAGCCUCGUGGAAGGGACUCUGCCACCCACGUGCACGUGGACUGGGAUACAUCUCAUGGGCCAGCUAUCAAGAGGCGCCCUGCUGUGCUGUGACGAAUGAAGGCAUUUGCAACCAUAAACAAGAGGACUUCAAGCAUUCAACAGCUGCAUUAGGGUGCAAGUCCAGCAUGAAACCCUGCAAAUACUGGCAUUGAUCGGAUGAAGAAGUACAUGUCUGAAGCUGAUGGUUUAAAGUGUGACUCCAGUAGGCCUCAGAUUCCCAUCCCAGAGGGUAAAUGAAAUCAACUCAGUGCCAUUGAUCUGCACCCAGCUGCGAUUUGAAGCCCCACAGAUGAGCAGUGAAUACAAGCUACUACCCGAACUGCCGGCUGCUUCUGUUUGAGCCUUGAAAAUAAGUAAUAUUUGACCACAGACCAUGACAGCUUUGUGUUAGGCUGGAAACACUUCUGCAAGUGCCACAAGAUUUUUCCACCAUGUUUGGAAAGAAGAAGAAAAGGCUCGAAAUUUCUGGGCCCUCUAACUUCGAGCAUCGGGUUCACACUGGCUUUGACCAUCGGGAGCAGAAGUUCACGGGGCUACCUCAGCAGUGGCACAGCUUGCUGGCGGACACGGCGAACAGGCCAAAGCCUAUGGUGGAUCCCUCAUGCAUCACUCCCAUCCAACUCGCGCCUAUGAAGACUAUUGUUAGAGGAAAUAAGCCUCGAAAGGAUACUUCAAUCAACGGCCUGCUGGAAGAGUUCGACAGUAUCUCAGUGACACGAUCCAAUUCCCUGCGGAAGGAAAGUCCUCCCACCCACCACCAAGGAAACGCAAACCAUGUGCCGAGGCACCAGGAGGAAAAUGGUUAUAUCGCAUAUUCCCAGUACUCCAGUGAGUCAGACACUACAACAGACUAUGUUGUGGAAAAAUAUCGAGACAAGACUCUUUACGGGGAAGAGUUAGACAGGUACUACAAAGGGAGCUAUGCCGCCAAGCAGAACGGGCACAUGAUGAAGGUGACUUCCCGGGACAUCUAUUAUUCGGAAGUGACGCCCCUGCAGUCAGACCUCUCCAGGUUCCUCCCAGAUUACCAUGCACACCUGGAGACAAAGCCCAAACCGCUGGAAUACGGUGGCCUAAAGCUGGAGUAUCAGCGGAUCCCCAGCGGAUCCUCCCUAGACUAUAGAGAUCCUUUUCCUUAUGCCCCAUCCCGAGCAUCAGUGCAGAGCGAGUGCCCCAAGGAGAGGCUGGAGUACAGCGAUGGUGACUGGGGACACGGCCUGGGCAAGGACGACUACGACAAGAGGCCGAAGUCAUCCUAUGUGGACCCGGCAAGCCCUCAGCCAGCAAUGAGGCAGAGGUCCAGGUCGGGCUCCGGUCUGCAGGAGCCAGCCAUGCCCUACGGAGCAAGCGCUUUUAAAGCACACCAGCAAGGACAUUCCUACAGCUCCUACACCUACCCCCGCUUGUCCGAAACCGCGGCAGGCAUCCCAAAGGUGGAUUAUGAUCGAGCGCAGCUGGUCGUUAGCCCACCGCUCUCUGGAUCGGACACCUACCCCAGGGGCCCGGUAAAGCUACCUCAAAGUCAGAGCAAAGUCAGCUAUUCAAGCAGCAGCUACCAGUACCCUCUGGUCUACCACAAAGCAUCCCACUACCACCAGCCAUCUCUCCAGCCCAGCUCUCCCUAUAUUUCCACGGCCUCCUACCCCAGCUCCCCAAGUAUCACGUCAAGUGCUUAUCCUCCACCCAGCUGGGGAUCCUCCUCAGACCAGCAGCCCUCCAGGGUGUCCCAUGAACAGUUCAGAGCUGCCCUGCAGCUCGUGGUCAGCCCCGGUGACCCCCGGGAGUACUUGGACAACUUCAUCAAGAUCGGGGAGGGCUCCACGGGGAUUGUCUGCAUCGCCACCGAGAAGCACACAGGAAAGCAAGUCGCUGUGAAGAAGAUGGAUCUCAGGAAACAGCAGAGAAGGGAGCUGCUCUUCAAUGAGGUUGUAAUCAUGAGAGAUUACCAUCAUGAAAAUGUGGUUGACAUGUACAACAGUUACCUUGUUAGCGAUGAGCUGUGGGUUGUGAUGGAGUUUCUGGAGGGCGGCGCUUUGACAGACAUAGUGACUCACACGAGGAUGAACGAGGAGCAGAUAGCGACGGUCUGCCUGUCCGUCCUGAGAGCCCUGUCCUACCUGCACAACCAAGGCGUCAUCCACCGCGACAUCAAAAGUGACUCCAUCCUUCUCACAAGCGACGGGAGGAUAAAAUUGUCUGACUUUGGGUUCUGCGCCCAAGUGUCAAAGGAGGUCCCCAGGAGGAAGUCGCUGGUUGGGACGCCAUACUGGAUGGCACCGGAGGUGAUAUCCCGCCUGCCCUACGGCACUGAGGUGGAUAUCUGGUCCCUGGGCAUCAUGGUGAUAGAGAUGAUAGACGGCGAACCUCCCUACUUCAACGAGCCGCCACUGCAGGCCAUGCGCCGAAUCCGGGAUAACUUACCACCCCGGGUGAAGGACAUGCACAAGGUCUCCUCGGUCCUCCGGGGCUUCUUGGACUCGAUGCUGGUGCGGGAGCCCUCGCAGAGAGCCACAGCCCAGGAACUGUUGAGACACCCAUUUCUCAAACUGGCUGGGCCCCCUUCCUGCAUCGUGCCCCUCAUGAGGCAGCACAGGCAUCGCUGAAGCCGGCAACUUUUCGGGAGGAGGUCGGUGCAGAGUCUGGAUAAAGGCCGCGCAGGAAUCCCGGUGGUUGUGUGGGAACUGCGGGCAGGGACAAGCAAAACCUUGCAAAGGAGAACCAGCCCCGUGGAAAUAACGCGGUGUGUAAGAACCCAAGGAGGUGCUCUCCGGGGCUGCGAGGGACCAGGGAGCGAUCCUGGCCACCAGCUGGGUGGCCACGCUCUGCCAUGGACCGUCGCUCCCCAGCGCUGUUGUCUUCUUGGCCAUCCAGGCGGAAGGCACCAAACACAAACAAGGUUGGAAAGAUAAUUACUAGAAGAUAGCACAACCGGAGUGAAACACCAGAAUUUUAUUGCAGGCUACAGCACUUCUAUUUCAGAAGAACACUUUUCUGACAAAAAAAAAAAGCACUUUUUAUCUCAGUCAUAGCAGCGCAAUGUAUUUUGCAAUGAAUUUGUAAUUUUCUGUACAGUACGUUUUGAUAAUUUGCAGUACUUUGUCAUGUAACUGUUGUCUUAGUUGAAGUAAUAAGUGUAACUUAGCGAGAAUUUGAGAAGAUAAAGUUUCCUACUUUUUUAACCCUUUUGAAAAACAGAAAAAAAAAAAAAAAAACCAAACCCAACCCACCUUUAGGAAGUUAGAAGGUUUUGCAGAUUUUUGCAUCGGGGUGAGGAGAGCGCUCAUCCCGCCGUCACGGCAGCCUGAAGAGCCAGCGAUACCCAGUGCCCGUGGGAGCGCUGGCAGCCUGGUUUAGGGCGCUCGCCCUCUCAGGGCUACCGGUGGCGCAGUGGCGACCAGAGCUGCUGCUGAAUGUUAGCGGUCGUCAGGGUCUCCCUCCCCGUUUCUCCAGCGGUGGGAGCUAAUGCAUCCGGCGUACCUUUGCUCAAGGGUCAUCUUGUCACGCUGUGGCGGUCCCUUCGUUUUAUGCCACCGCAAGGCCAGUUUUGUUACCACAGAAAUCUCCGUUAUUUCUGUCACGCUCUGGAAGUGGAAAGGGACGGCAGGAGUCCGCCCACCCACGCAGCGGGUCUCCCCCGGAGCGCAAACAGACCGUUGUGAUGCGUUACGUUUGCCAUAUAGAAGAAGUCGUGCUGCUGUCUAGACCUUUUUGAAUGUUGAUGCAACAGUUGACUACUACGGUACAAUUUUGUGUUACUUGUUGGAUGACUUUGCAUGUUAACUGUAGGCCUAAAUAGAUUUGCCUUUAAAAUUUUUUAGAAGUGCUUCAUAAUUAUUUCAAUGAUAAAUGAAUUUUAUUUAUUACUGAUUAGUUCUUUUUAAUUAUGUAUAAUACAAAAGCCAUGUUUUUCAAGGGGGUUUUUUUUUUUUUCUUACUGACCUCAUUUUACGAUAUCAUUAAGAAACACAAAGCCAAUUUUGUGAAAACAGUUAGUUUCUUUCUUAUUAUGGAAUUACAUAGUGAAUAAAUUAAUUGUUAUUUAUUGUAGUAAAUUAUAACCAAACAUCUAAACCUGGCAGGAGGUGUUUCUUAAAGAUUUUUCUCCGGGACAAAAAGUUGCCAAUAGUAAAGAAGCUCCUUCAGUAUUGCCCUUAAAAAUUAAAGGAUAUUUCAAGGGAGAGAAACAAUUAAAAAAAAAAAAAAGAGAUAAAUACAAACUCAGACAUUGAAUAAAUGUUCUCACAUCUGUGUGUCUUACUCCCCGCUGCUCUCCACUUAAUCCUGUUUGCACAUUUUAGAAAGAUGCUAAAGAAAAUGUGUUCGGCUCCCGCCACCCCACCGCAGACAUGCUCCCAGUACCCACCUGCAGAAACCUGGCAGAGCGCGCAGCACCCACGGCGUUCUAAGGUCUUUCUGUUUUGUAGUCUUGACAACUCAGGAAAAAAAAGCCUGCACCGGCAAUGACAUACAGGUGGAACUUUAACCACAAAAUUAAAACUUUUUUAACCAUCUUUGACUAAAAAAAGGGGUUGGGGUUGGUGGGGGGGUGGUUUCUUCAAUAUUCAGCACAUUUUAGGCUGUACAAGUGAAGAAUUUUCUGCAACUUUCUUAUCAUUAGAUACUUUAAACAGUAUUCAUCAAGUUUACUGAAAGUUUUGUCGAUUUCAAAGGGGUUUUUUGUGAACGCCAACUACUGGUGAGACAA